CAUAAGCUUUCAACUGAACGACUCCAACCAACCCGGAACUUUUAAGUCAACUAAAACUCCUGAAAACUUAUUAGGGGCAGUUUCCUUUUGUUUUCCGAGUACUUCAGAUGUUUCUGUAAGCAGAGUCAUUUCUGGGGACUGACUUUACCCCGUGUUUUGGAGGAAAUAAACAGUUGACUGCCAAUGUUUCUCGCCUCAUCUGCUGCAGGACAGUAAACCUCGACUUGUCUUUUCAAACCAGCAAGUGGUGGAGUACAGAGGUGCCAAUAUGCCACAGCAGAAGGACAUAGUGAAGAUAGCCAUCCAGAUGCCUGGGGCCUAUCCCCAGCUCAUACAACUGGACCAGAAAAAGCCCCUGUCUGCUGUCAUAAAGGAGGUCUGCGAUGGCUGGAAUCUCCCAGGUCCUGACAACUACGCUCUUCAGUAUGCCGAUGGAGUCCAGACAUAUAUCACAGAAUCGAACCGUCUGGACAUUAAAAACGGCUGCAUUCUGCGUCUGACCAAGGCACCGGGUCGAUGCGCAGAGGAUCUGUACAAAGGCAUCCAGAGCUCAGACUCAGGUGUUCGCUGCGAUUCGCUGAAGGAACUGGCUAGCGUUUCCACAGAUGUGACGUUCGCUCAGGAGUUCAUCAGCCGAGACGGACAUCUCCUAUUGGUCAAGAUAGUAGAAGACUCUCAUGAGACUGCUGUGAUCAUGACCCACACACUGACAGGCUUCAUGGAACUGAUGGAUCAUGGGAUUGUUUCCUGGGAGAACCUUUCAUCUAUCUUCAUCAAGAAGAUCGCCAGCUUCGUCAACGGAAAGUCGUCUGACGCGUCAAUCCAGCAGGUUUCCUUGGACAUCCUGGAGAGCAUGGUGCUGAGCAGCCACAGUCUCUUUCUGCAGGUCAAACAUGAAGUCACUAUGGAGAGGCUCAUUGCUCACCUUCAGGUGACGAACCAGCAGAUACAGACCAAAGCCAUGGCCCUGCUCAUGGCUCUACUACAGACAGCUGGGGAUUCAGAUAGACAGGAGAUGUUUGAAUUUCUGAAUAAGAAGAAUCUCCGUCAGUAUAUCUAUAAAAACAUCAUCCAUAGUUCUGGUUCAGUCCAGGAUGAGAUGGCCCACUACCUCUAUGUCCUCCAGUCAGUAACGUUGAACCACCUGGAGCCUCGGAUGAAGACACCUCUGGACUGCUACAGCCAGGAGCAGAGAGACAUCCUCCAUGGUUUGCGGCAGGCAGCGUUUGAGACGGAGAGCGAGAACAGUUUAAGUCACGAGAGACGCCGCUCGCUCUGCGCCAAAGAGUUUAAGAAAUUGGGCUUCUCUAACAAUAGUAACCCUGGUCAGGACCUGGUGCGAACACCUCCUGGUCUAUUGGCUUUGGACACCAUGUUUUAUUUCGCAGCACGCUAUCCUGAUGCAUAUAGCAGGUUUGUGCUGGAGAACAGCAGUCGAGAAGACAAACACGAGUGUCCGUUUGCCAGGAGCAGCAUCCAGCUCACACUCAUCCUGUGUGAAAUCCUUCGAAUCGGAGAGCCCCCCUCAGAGACUGGAUCCAACUACCACCCCAUCUUCUUCAGCCAGGAUCGGCUGAUGGAGGAGCUUUUCUGUGUCUGCAUUCAGCUGCUCAACAAAACCUGGAAAGAGAUGAGAGCCACGCAGGAGGACUUUGACAAGGUGAUGCAGGUGGUGAGGGAGCAGAUCACCAGGACGCUGUCCAGUAAACCAACAUCCCUGGAGCUCUUCAAGAACAAAGUCAAUGCUCUGAACUACAGCGAGAUCCUCAAACUGCGGCAGACGGAACGGCUGCAUCAGGAAGAGACUCUCGCUCCGCCUGUACUUGAGCUCAAAGAGCGCCUGAAGCCUGAGCUGUUAGAGUUGAUCCGUCAGCAGAGGUUGAACAGACUCUGUCAGGGAACCAUGUUCAGGCAGAUCAGCAGCCGACGCAGACAAGAUAAACUGUGGUACUGUCGCUUGUCACCUAAUCACAAAAUGCUUCACUACGGCGACGUGGAGGAAGACAUGGAAAACCCACCGAUCGAAACACUGCAAAAGCAGAUUCCAGUAGCAGAUAUCAAAGGUUUGCUGACAGGGAAAGACUGUCCUCAUAUGAAGGAAAACAAAGGCAAACAGACUAAGGAAGUGUUGGACCUGGCGUUUAGUAUCACAUACGAUGUCGAGGAGUACAGCCUGAACUUCAUCGCCCCCUCGAGAACUGACUUUUGCCUCUGGACAGAUGGCCUGAGCGUCCUCCUGGGUCGGGAAAUGAGCAGCGAGUCCAUGCGCAGCGAACUGGAGAUCCUCCUAUCGAUGGAAAUUAAGCUCCGCCUCCUGGACCUGGAGAACGUUCCUAUACCUGACAGCGCUCCGGUCGUUCCCAAACCACCCAGCAACUACAACUUCUGCUACGACUUCAGCCAGACUGAGCAGUAGAGUGUGUGCAUAUGCUGGAGAGUGUGUGUGCAUGUGUAUAUAGUAUGUAUGUGAGUGUGUGUGUGUAUGUAUGUGAUGAGAUCUGACCUGUGCAUCCCUGCACUUAUUUCUAUAGCACAGUUUUAUAAUCACAACAAUAUUUUUCUUAUGUGGACUCAUCUACUUCCAAGUGAAAAAACAACAAACAGGAUCAAAACUGUGGACAGUGACGCCGUCUGUAAAACUACAACAGUGGCGUUUGGUGUGAACUGACACUAAUCGGGUACUGACUGUAUGUCGUCGUCUGUGAAAGCUUCAGUCCAGCUCUACCUUCUGUUGUUCUUCAGCUCUUCUCACCGUGUCCAGCUGUCUGGAGAUUUCAACACAGCUCCAAGCACAACAGAGACUAAACUCAUAAAAUACAUCACCAACCACUCAAGUAACGGUACUUUAAUCUUUUUAUAAUCACCUCUAUAUGCAUUUUGGAUAUCUCUAAAUCUAUGUAAGUUAAGUGGAAUAUUCCUGUGUGCCACAUUUGAGGCUUUAGGUGCCUCAAAAGGCUGGUGUUGCUCAUUUUUGUUUAAUUCUUUUUUUUUUUCCCCUUGACUAGAACAAAAUGCUACAUCAAUAUGGAAUCUGCGGUACACACUAGUCUCAGUCCCAUAAGAGAAUAGCAGUAUAUUAUAAAAUAUUCUGCCUAAACAUAUACUAUGUACUAGCCCUUUUUGUACGAAUCCCAUAAUGUUGGAAUAGAACUGCUCCCUCCUAAAGGUCUGUGUGACUUAUCUUUUGGUAGUGAUACAGAUCUGCAGUAGGUACCAAACUGACUGACGUUAACUGUACUUUUACUAUAAUUAACUAAACUUGUAACUAGUUGUAUGUCCUGCCCGAUCAGCAAUCCCUACCUGAAAAACAUUAACUGAGCUUAAGUUAUUUUAUAAAAAGGUACUUAAAAGGUCCAAUGUGGAAGAUUUAGGAGAUUUAAGAGGUUUUUAAAUGCAGAAAUGGAAUUUAAUAUUCAAAUUAUAUCGUCAUUAGUUUAUAAAUUACAUGAAAAUAAGAACUGUGUUAUAGGAGGUUGGUUCCAGUGUUAUGGUACAUUACUGUCACCUACUAUGAGUGUGAACCAGAGUUAAUACCCCUUAAAUAAAGAGAACAGGCAAAAUGUACACUGAUUCUAAUGAGGGACCUCUCCUUUUUUAUGGUGGCACAGCAGAGGGUGUUCAGUUGUUCGGUUACAACCCUUUAAACAUGUUCCAGUGUGUUAUGCUCUCACCUUGACCAUGUCUUCAAAGCAGCUGGUCUAGAACAGACCCAGGUCUACAUCUACACCUGACUUCGCUCUGCACUGUAUUCCUUUUCCUGACACCAGUCCUCUGUGAUCACACUCUGAAUCCUGCACAUUGGGAAAACUUCAUACAAAUAAACAGUUUGAUUUAUACUGAAAAAAAACAAAAAAAACAAAAAAAAAACAAGCAUGUGUGUUUUGUCCAUAGCAGAUGAAGCCAAAGUUAAGUUUAUUUAUAAAAUCAACAUUUUAUACUUGAUUCUCCAUUCCGGUUUGUCCUCUGUAAUACAGUGUACAUCGGUAUAAACUUAUUUUACAGCGCACAUGUUAAGGAGUAUUAUGCAAUAAGACAAUAGUUUACUGUACUGUCAGUGAUAGUCCUUAUGAGUCUUUAGUUUGACACUGUACUGUGAUAAUAAUGGCCCAGGUUUUCUUUCAAAAGGAAUAACACCUUUUCUUAGAAUGUGGUUUCAGGUUUGUUAAAAUUUGACAUUUACAACAUACUACAUACUUACUUUUAAUUCCACAAUUUGAUGCAAUCAACUGCAGCAUAUAAAGGCAAGCUUUAAAUAUCUUAAUAUAUUAAUAUUACCCUAUUUUCAAAAAUUGUAAAAUCACCACCUUUCAUCGGUCUAAACUCAGUAUGUGACACCCAUUUCAAUUCAGUCCACUGUGAUCAGUCUAUUAAAGUCACUUUGGUUUAAAACUAUUACUACAAUAUUAAAUAGGGGUUGACACAAUAUCUUAUGAAACAGUCUCUUCAAUCUUUCUUCUUAAUUUUUAGUUAUCACUGUAUUUACCAGGAGGGUAAUACGGAAGAGGAUUAGGGCCACUGGGG